GCGGGUGCUGCUGCUGCCAGUGCUCGUCCGUCGGCGUUGUCGUCGCCGUAGGUCAUUGUUGCCGUCAUCAUCGUCGUCGUUGUUGUCGUCGUCCAAGUACCAAAGUCAGUGCGGUGCCGCGCGACAGGUGCGCCCCUGUCACACAUCUCCUCGUCAUCGUCGUCAUCUCUGAACGAACAAACACACUCGCGCAAUCUGUCGAUCGACGGUGCGGGGGAUUCUCGCAUCUCACGAUAAUCGCGCCCUCGGCGAGCCAGAGCGAGACCAGUUUUCCAGAAACAGUCGCGUCGAGAACACAACCGAUCGUCGUCGAGAGAAUGGCGGUCAGCGGCGUCCCGAUUCUGCUCAUCACCGCGAACGUCGGCAGCAUCUUCGAGGAGUGCACGAAGUAUGAAGGAUUACGCGAGAUUGAUAUCAGUGAUUUUCCUUGCAGCCUAGUGUCAUGCUAAAGAUAUGGACGGAGGAAUUUUUAUCCACAAUCUCGCGACUGGAUCCGAAGUUUAUAGCGCUGCACUGCCAAGAAGUAGGUGGAAAGAAUUACGAGCAGAGCAUGAGACACGUUGAAGACUUUGUUAGAUUACUUAUGUCGUCGGAGGAAUUGAGGUUGUUCGACAAAAUUAGGGUAUUUCUUGACGAGGAUUACUCAUCCGCCGAACAUUUCACAGCCCUAGGAAAUUUUUACUUCGUGCACGAGUCCUUGACCGAUGUUUUGUUAUGGGAUUUUAAUGAGUGUACUUUUGUACCCGUAAACGGGAAGGAAGUGCAUUCGGGCAACAUAGAAGCGGUCACAACCAAAGAGAAAGCUAAGUUUCCUCAAGAAUUCUUUCCCGAAUGCAAGUGGUCCAGGAAGGGUUUCCUGCGAACGCGAUGGUGCGUCAGCGGGACGAUUUUUGAUCUCAUAAACAUACAUUUAUUUCAUGACGCGAGCAAUUUCAUUGCUAUGGAGACGUUUCCAUCGGUGUACAGUAAAACGCGCAGAAGAGCGCUCGAGCACACGUUAGAUAGAUUUCAUAACGACAAGUAUCCAAAUGUGCCGUAUUUUUUAUUUGGUGACUUUAAUUUUAGAACGGACACAGCAAGUGUAAUAAAGAAACUAACAGAAGAUACUCGAGAAAGGAGGUUAUCGAAUAAAGGAAAUAUUUCAAAACUACAGUUUCACAAUAGAGACGACGAUCUUAUUUUAACGUUAGGGAAAAAGGAAUUUUCACAUCACGAGCAUCAGAACGUUUUUAUGAAUAAUGGCGGUGAAUGGUUGCGCGAGUAUGACAAAGAGCUGGGGGACUUUGAUGGAAGGCUGUUUGAGUUCCCGAUCACUUUCGUGCCAAGUUAUCCGUUUCAAGAGGAUGUUAACGAGCCUAUGAAUUACAUGCAAACGAGAGUGCCGGCUUGGUGCGACCGGGUUUUAUUGAGUCCCUCUGCUAAGAUGCUAGUCCAAGAUAUAGAUGAUUCCGAGGCGAUGGAGUACAGCAUAAUCGGCCCGACUACGUGCAUGGGCGAUCACAAGCCAGUCUACUUGAAGGCUAAUCUCAUCUCGGACGCAGGUAUGAUAGACUGCUGCAGCUUGUCACGUGUAACUGAGUUUUGCUUCCGAGUGCCCAACAAUUAUCUGGAGUUGUUGUCCAUGUUGCCUGAUUGCAAUAGUUAUGCUAACGCGCGUGCGAAUUCUGUUGAUCGUUCGUCUAAUCUGUUGCACGCAGUACCCGUUAAGCAUGAUCCCUACACACCAGAUAGUAUGGACAGUCCGAGUCCGAACGCGCUUAUUGCGUCCGGCGAAGUUCCGGAUCUCGAUGCGGAUCAUCUCGACAGCAACAACACCGCCGGCGGUGACAGCGUGUCGCCGGUGCCGCGAUCGAUUCACGCAUCGAUCACAUCGAGACGACACGUCGAUCGUGCCGUGUCGCCGGCGCUGUUGAAAUCCCGUCUGGAGUUAAUUGUCCAGAAAUCGAAGAGCCAGAACGACACGGAACUCGAGGUUGACGCCUCGGACAUCAAGCGCAGUCCUAGCGAAUGCCAUCUGCGUUCUUGGCCGGACGUCGAAGAGCCACAGUGGUGCGUGAGAAAAAACAGAUGCAACAGCGACUUGUCGUGGCAACGUUCCCACGUUCUGACCCACGCCUGGAUCCAGGGCAAGAGCCAGCAGGGUUAUCACUCUUUCAGCAAUUUUGGCAAUCGAUCAUCCUCGAACUCGAGUCCGGAUAUGGUUGACGGACUGCCGCCGGCAGAUCUGAUCAUUCCGCGUAUCGCUAUAAUAAACGCGAGCAACUUCGAAUCAAACGAGAGCUCUGUGUACUUCCACGACGAUCGGUUGAGCAAUUAUUCGGAGAAUAAGCUGAGCGCGUACUCGGACGGACGUACGAAGACUCUGAGCGGCGAAGGUGUCAGUUCGGACAAGACAGACGAGGAGGAAAGCAACAGACUGAGCCUUAGCACGGAGAGAAUAAUAGAAAUUGAGGAAAACAAGUAUUCAAAAGGUCACAAUAAUCCCGGCAAAGAGCUGCGCUUCGAAAAAGAAGACGGCAGUGAAUUCAUUGACGAAUGCGACAUGUGCAAGGAAACGAAGUGUCAGAUGGUGGAAGUGCAAGCUCUCGUGAGAAAUACGUCCUACGCGAUGAAUGACGCCGUUCUUAAUAGGACGAGUGACAAAUCGUUAUUGAAUAUUUCAAAUAGUCCCGUUCUCCCCGUUCUUGCGAACGAAUCCCGUCUCAAAGACGAAAACUUGCGACUCGCCGAGACGCAGCUGACGACGGAAGGACAACCGAGUUCUCAGGCAUCGCGGAUUAACGCGAACAAAGCCGGCGCGAAUCCGAACAAAAAAACGAGCGUAAACUCGGAGUAUCCGAGAGAUCAGGAUUGCGACAGCAAUGUGAUAAACGUGUACUCGGACGUGCACGCGGAUCAUGGGCUGAGUCACGACGCGGAGAUCGUAAGCUGCGAGAACAAACAGAGAACGUACACCUCGAUGGACACGACGAGAAGCAACUCGGCGCAGGAUAUCAGUGAUCACGCAGGAAACGUUAGAUUAAAACUGAAAGCUUACAAGGUUACUGAACGAUACAAGAGCGAUAUUAUAAGGAGGCGGACUAGGUGUAGAAAAUGUUGUUGCGUGGUGUCGUGAAGAUGUUUGUUUGUUUUUUUUUCUUUUUUAGUCUGCAUUUUAGAAUCUAUGUGUAUAUAUGCGUAAACGAUGUUCCUUGUUUAUAUUUAUUGAUACCGUUGCAUCCCCGCGUCGAAUCGAUAAUCUCUUCUGCCGGAAAUUUAUUGCGCAGAUGCGUCUUCUCGUCGCGGAAUAAAACUGUUGAUGUUCUCCGUUCUAAAUUUGGCGCGGAUGCAGCGGUAUGUAUCGUUGCCAGCCGAUCGGGACAGGGUGGGGAGGGAGAUAUAUAUCUUCGUUUUUCCACUUCCAUAGAGUAUUCCUUUAAUAAGCUCCACUCCGCUCUCCCUUGUCCUUCGUCUGCUAUUCCUCUCGACAUGCUAAGUAACGAUCGAAUGAUCGACAGCGUUUAUACGCGUCAUCGCUUAGUGUAAGUCAAAUAAUUUAUUUUAUUUUAUUUUCUUUUUUGGACACAAUGUGCGUAAAGUCGUUUAGUGCGAUUUUGCGUCUACGAUUUUUCGAGAAUCAUUGACGUGUAAUCGCUUUGAGGAAUCGAAGACGAAUAUAGAGAGACGCUUCGUGUAUAAUUUAUUAUUGUCGAAAGAAACUCUCGAUGAGAAGUUUCGACGCGACACAGAAGAAUGCAAUUUUUAUUUACUUGCGUUUAGCGCGCAAUCGUGAGAUACGAGUAUUUCGUUGUACUAUAUAUAUACUCCACUUGGCAUGUCGCGAGAGCCGACACCUCGAUGUGUGAAACAGCCGCGUCUUGCAUGUGCAUGCGGUUACUCUCGACGUUCCGCGCAUAUUUCUUAGAAAAUGUUCCGCCCCCCCCCCUCUCCUUUCCCCCAUCCCAGUGAUAUACGAAACUGUGUGCGUGUUUGACGUUCCCCUCUCCCCGUCGUGUAGUCGUGUAAUUUAUAAUCGUCAGUAUGAUCACGGUUACGUAAUCGCACGUUAUUUAGAGCGCGUGCGAAUUUGAAGAUAGUGAUAUUAGAGCCACACUGUACACAGACAAAUACGUACAGACUGAUGUAAAAUCGUUACCAGUAUACAAAUACGAUGCACUUAUAUACGCGAGCAGUGCUAUAAUAAUUAUUCUCCCCUAUUACGUUUUUAGUUUGUGCAAAAAAGUCGCGGUCCCCCGUUAUUAUUCCCGAUAAGAUUGUUUUAAUAUAAUUUUGUUUUUCACGCGAAAGUUUAUAUUACCUCGCAAUGUUCUUGUCGUCGAUAAUUUUCUCUUACCGUUCGCGCUCGUACCGGACGCGAUAUUGUUGUACAUUCUUUUAUUGUCAAUUCGUUCUUAGAUGAAUUUAAACCGAUCGCGUGUGUGCGUAUAAAUUAUUUUAUUUAUUACACGUGUGUGAGAUCGUCGUUGUGUCCUCUCUCGCAAUUGAAAUAGUAUUCUCGUCGUGUGUUGUUUCAACAUUUUAACACACACACACACCGUGUCAUCUCUUCGUUUGUUAGCGCGAAAGGAUGUUAUGGUGAUAUCGCAAAACUCGUCUCACAAUGUUACGUUUCUCUUAUUUUAUUUUAUUUUAUUUUUUUUUAUUUUUUUUUUUUUAGAACGUUACAUACGAUCGUAUCGUAUCGUCAUACGUAUCCGCGCCCUUGCCAAGGAGAGCUCUUAUUCGUCGAAUUUUUUACGAGCACGCUCGGAGUAGACUACUGCCAAAGUUAGAUUCGUUGUAACUUGUUAAGUGAGAAGAUUAUUAAUUUAUGUGACGGAUGUCGGUCGCGCGAGAAACGACAGACGAAAAGAAGAAGACAAAUAAGAAGAAGAAGAAGAAGAAGAAGCGAUUAAGGAGAAUUGUUCCGUUUAUUUUAUCGUUGUUAUUGCAUCGUUGACGAUCGUUCGGGAAAAAUGUCAUCGAGAGAGAGCCUCACCGUCGGUUGGUGUUACGUUAUGUACACGAGCGAACAUGCCAUUACUUUAGUUAUUCAAGUCGUAAAAAACACACAUGGAAAGUCGCGUCAAGCCGCGCGCGAACCGGAAUGGACAUUUUUUUUAAACCGAAAUGAAGAAUUUUACCAAGAAAUCCUCGGCGAGGAGAACGCGAAAGAUAUUCUCGAGCUUUACGUACUUGCGAAUGUUGGCGCGCGUUGUUCCGCGCACCGCGUUUUUUUUUUUUAUUUAUCAGUGCUGCUAAUUAACAAUCGCCAUCUGCGAUCUGUUUCGUGAAAAAGAGAUCGAAGACGCGAGAGCACGUUUAAAAUUGUGUGAAAGUGAUAAAAUUAUUUCACUCAGGCGGGCGAGCGUUGAGGAGAGAUUGUCAAUUUGCGCAUUGAUGAAUCUUGAGCUCUUUUAUAUAUAUAUAUAUAUUUUAUAUAUAUUUUAUCGAUCUUAUCCCGCCGCGCUUUAGCGAGAAACGCGACGCGCGGAGUAACGUGACCGAUGAUGAUGAUCAUGAUUUUGAGAAGGUAUUCGGUUUCUGGAAACAAACGAAAUUAACUCGUUUGCUUUUACGUACAGCGAACUUGCAAACCGAUAACGCGCGUUUUUGCUUCUUAGCGACAAAAGAUGAUUUUGUAAAUUUUCAUCACGAUGUAAAUAUUUCACACGUUGGUGAUAAGAAAACUAAGAAAAAUAUACAUAAAAAUAAAUAAGAGAGUAAAAUAUAGCCGUUUGUCAAAAUAUAGCCAUUCUCGCGAUGAUAUUUUACUUCAUUAUCUUGAGAUUCUCAUGUGAUAGCGAUAGUUUUCUUACAUCAGCGAGUACAGCAUCAAAAUGAACGAAAAGUCUUUUUUUUCAGUCUUUGUGAAGAAGCAUGAACGCAAAAAUAUGAAAUUUGUUGUGUGUAAUCGCACACAGGAUAUGCGUUAGCGCGUUACACGCGACAAGAAGCAACGCUCUGAAGAGUCAAAUCAACGUCUUGCUCUCAUGGAAAAGCAGCAAAAUGAUUGAUGACACCGUCUCGCGUCUCUUCUGGUCGCGCGUUACGCUUUUGACACCCGCUCUGUGAGCGGGGACUCGUAAAAGUGCCGCACGAACCAAGCAAUUUUUCAAACGGUUUUGAAACUUCGAACUUUCGAGGAUAUGAGAAAAAAAAAAAUUGCUGAAAUCUGCUGAAAGUUUUCGGACGAAUACCCUCUCGAACUCUGUACUUCUCUGCGUUCGUUGAAGACGAACGAUUCGCAGCGGGAUCCGCGCGAGGAAAUCUGCCGCUUCUGCAUUAUCCGUCAGAUUCGCGAACGCGCCUUGUCAAUCGAAUCCCAUUUUUGCCAUAUUAGUUUUUAAAAAGCGACGAGGGGAAUUAUCUGCGCGCCGAGCCGCAGUUUUUCCAGAUUUUUUCGCUAUUGUACUGCAUUUGUUCGUUUUUAUUUUCCGUAUCGCGACAGGCUGACUAUAGAAAACUGUAUAAAAACUUCCCUGUCGUUUGUAUAAUAUCGUGUAAAUAGCUCACCGACGAGAUAUAUUACACACAUAUAAAACACACAUCAUAAUAUUGCUUUAUUUUAUAAAUAUAUAAAUUUAUUUUUCGUAACACGUGAAAACGCUGCUUCCUUUAUUUUGUUCCUUCAGUUUCAUUUCAAUGUUCUUUUUUUUUUCUCUCUCAUUGCGGAUACGCUUCUUGUUGCCACGCAAAGUGAUUAAAAUAAUAUUUUUGAUAAAGCCGCCGCGCGUGCGCGCAGCGUGUUUCCUCUUAUUUUAUCUUUAUGCAUUGUGCGAUUGCUAAAAAAAGAAACCUACGAGAGAAAAAUAUUCGGACAUGCUUUGAAUAACACAUCAGAAGAUAAAAAAAAAAUUGUAAAGUCAUAUGCAAAACAAAUUUAUGUAAUUUGUUUUUAUUUCUCGAGAUUUCAUUAUUUUGUCGGGAGUUCAGCUCGUAAGAGGUGAUAAUAUAUCUUGCGCCCCGAAGUGGUGCGCAAUGUGCUCUUUGUCGAAAUUUCGGUUCGUUUUAAAACAUUUCUAAAAAUUGUUGAAUAUUAUUUUGCACACCUGUGUGUGUGGUAAUCGUCAUUUCUAAAGUUACAUAUUUAUUGCUGCGAUAUUUAUCGCUUAAUAUGAAUUUAAAAAACGGUUGUCUCGUGUCAACUUUAUCGAGGCGUUUUUACUUCGAUACUGAGAUCGGUCUCUUUCGUAUGCUUAAACCGAAAACAGCUGAGUGUCGCUAACGUUUAUCUUAAUGUGUGUCACAAGCGUUUGCAAAUGUGUUAAUUGCUACUGAAUGGUGACUUUGCCGCACUUCCUUUUUAUCUCAGGUACUUAUCGAUUACCGUUUCAUAUAGUGUGUGCGUGCGUGUGUGUGUGUGUGUGUGUGUGUAUGUAUUUUGAUUUAAUUUUACACUCCGCACGUUUUAUGCCGCACUUUCAAUAACCAUCGCAAAAUUUUCAAUCGUGGGUCGCAGUACGGCAGAUCUGAGAGAGAAACACGAGAGCGUGUAAAUUUAUAAUCCAUUUUUGUUAUCUUAAUUUUCUUGCGUAUAUACUGCAUUUAUUUAUAUAUUUCAACAUACAUUAGUUCUUUCGAUUUUUACAAUAUUUACACAAGUAUUGCACAUAUAGAAAACAAUUUUAAUUACAAGAGAUAAUAUCUAUAUAGUCUCUAUUUAUAGUAAUAGGCUUCUUUUUACGCUUUUUAAUUAUUCAACGCAAUUUAAUGCAAUUAGUUAUACUAAUUUGAUACAAAUUUGCAUUUUUUAAUAUAAUUUUACAAAUACUUUUCUUAUUUAUAAAAACUCUUCAACAAUGUAAUUACGUGUAUGAAAUUUUUGCUUUUCACUUUUUAUCUCUCACAUAUAUAUUGCUUUGAUAUUUCUCUUCUUAAAUUGCUUCGAGUCACACUCUCUCUCUUGUUUAUUUAUUGUGCCAUUUCUUGCGAAAUGUGAAACGAAAUUUACAAUCGCCGACGUUGCGGCGGGUCGUGGUGCGAUUGUUCAGCAAAAAAGAGAAGAGACACGGUAAGCAUUGUCAAACAUCAAAUGGAUGCAUUUGUCUCUGCGAUCUGCGCUGCUGCGUCUCUCUGUGAGUGCAGUGUCGUUAACCAUGUGUACCUUUUAGCGCACUCAAGUUUUACGAGAGAAGCUUACAUUAGUGUGAAAAACGCAAACAUGCACUUGUUGUGCGCGUGUUUGAUAGCUUGUGAUCCGUCUGUGAUAAUAUAUCUGGGUUUCUUACUCGGAUAUUAUCCGUAUGGUUUUUAUGUGUCUUAUCGUAUCGCUGUUCGAUGUUGUAGAAGAGAAUAUUUCAACAGAUAUAUAUUUAUA